CCCAGCACACCAACGCACAUCCUGGCUUGGCUGCGUCUUCUUCUCUCUCUUCUUCUCAUCAACGCCAUUCUUUUUCUUUUCGCUCGUUUUGUCGUAAUCACCAUCGGCCUCGGAUUCGCAAACGGGACGACAACUAUCCGUUUGCCUAUUCGACAUUUUACAUCUAACAGCCAGUCGCCCCUUUCGUCACCGCGGCCAUCCCGCGCGUACCACCCCAUCGUGCGACGGCAUCUUCUCGCCAGAUCCGGACGACUGCUCGACGCAGCUUUGCAUACUCUCACCGGAUUUUCACCCUUUAGAGCGCACCUAGAAUCUAGUCAGAGUUGUACGCGCCCGAUACCGUCUUCUGCGAUCGACAAAACUCGCCUGCUGUGCUCGGUGACGCCAACGACGUCCUUGAUUCGACAUCCUUCUUUGACGACCAUCACAAUAUCGUUUUUGCCUACAACUCCAUCGUCGAGCCUACGCUCGCAUAAAAAACCAAUAAGAAGAAAGAAAAUUACCACCAAACUACAUCCAGCACCAUGCUCUUCUCACGCCAACUAUCUUGCGUUGCGUCGAUCCUCUUCGCCCUGAGCACCACGGUCUCAGGCGCGUAUGAUCUAGAUCCGUCCAAUAAAGCUAAUGUCGUGGCGACUGCAAAGACACUUGCAGCCGACAUGUUGACCUUUUACAACACCAAAAGACCUGGCCUGCUUCCUGAACCAUACUAUUGGUGGGAGGCUGGUGCCAUGAUGGACGCCCUCAUUCACUACUGGGUUAACACUGGCGAUGAUCAGUACAACGACCUCAUCACAACAGCGCUGCUCGCUCAAACCGGAAGCAACAACGACUACAUGCCCAUCGAACAGACCCGAACAGAAGGAAACGAUGACCAAGGCUUCUGGGCAUUUGCUGUUAUGUCUGCGGCCGAAUUCAACUUCCCCAACCCCCCCUCCAACAAGCCCCAGUGGCUCGCUCUUGCACAGGCAGUUUUCAACGUUCAGGCUCAGCGAUGGGAUAAGAAUUGCGGUGGUGGACUCCGAUGGCAGAUUGUUCCAUUCAACAACGGCUUUGACUACAAGAACUCCAUCUCACAAGCUUGCUUCUUCGCACUCGGUGCCCGAUUGGCUGUCUACACCGGCAACUCUUCCUAUGCUGAUUGGGCUGAGAAGACUUGGGAUUGGAUGCAGAGUGUCAAGUUGAUCAGCGACAUUGGCUACGUCUACGAUGGCAUCAACGCGGAUGCCUGUAGCAACAUCACCAACCUUCAGUUCACUUACAAUGCUGCAGGCAUGGCACUAGGAGCUGGCGCCAUGUACAACUUUACCAACGGCGACGCUAAAUGGGGCUCGCGUCUUGAUCUUUUGCUCAAGGGUGCCGAAGUCUUCAUGAAGGACGAUGUCAUGGUUGAGGUUGCCUGUGAGGAAGUCGACCGUUGCAACCCCGAUCAAAACUCCUUCAAGGCUUACAUGAGCCGUUGGUUUGCUGAUAUCACUAAAUGGGCUCCGUACACCUACAACACUGUCAUGCCUUGGAUUAAGGCCACCGCCAUUGCUGGCACAAAGGAUUGUGUUGGCGGUGCCAACGGACGAAUGUGCGGUCUCAAGUGGCACUCUGGCAAGUAUGACGGUACCAGCGGCCCUGGUCAACAGAUGGGUGUUCUUGAAGCGACCCUGGGAACUAUCAUCGCCGAUCGUCGGGCUCCGUACACCGCAAACAAUGGUGGUACCAGUAAGGGAGAUGCUGGAGCUGGCAGUGGCAAUACCGACAGCUUUGGUGUUCCUCUUGUCUAUCACAAGCUGUCUAGCGGCAACUUUGCUGGAGGUGCCUUCCUUACAUUGGCAGUAUUGCUCGCAUGGAUGUACGCGGUUGCUUGGCUCCUCAAGGAUGAGAGAUCUAGCAACAACAUGUUCCAGCAGGCUAAAAACUCAUUGACCAAGGGCAGGGGAAUGGGUGCUGCUCUGGGUGCCACCAGUGUUGCUGCCGCAGGCGGAGUUGUAAUGAGAGCUGGUGCUGGGCGACGUGGCAAGGGCGUACAGGAGAACGCAAGCAGUGGUGGCUCUGUCAGCGACCGUAACUCGAGAAUUAGUGAUCGCGACUUGAUGGAAAUGCCCAUCCGAAUCGGCCACGUCCGCAACACUAGCGAUACCUCCAUCCGCCGACAAUCCAACAUGCCUCUUGGAUGGCCUCGAACGUCGAUGAUCAACAGCGGAAGCAACUCGGACGCCGGAUCAGCUCGUGGUGCUUUUGUGGGUGUUGCUCAGUCCGACGAGCGCGAGGCUCUUGGCGGCCACUCACCUAUUCACCACUAAGCAAGUAACGCAUUUGUAUAAAAAAAAAUCCUGUUUUUCAAUCAAGUGCGUCUACGGUGUAAUGGGCUCUGAGCAAGCACCACUAUGGGCUGUUUGCUUCUCACUGGCGUCACUGCUUUUAUUUCUUUUUCGGUUGGCGUUUUUAUUGGACCUUUGAAUCUGAGAGUGUCUUCACAUCGUUUGAUGUGUCUGUGUAUGUUGAGCUACGCAGCCCGAGAGACUUGCCCCGUACAAGACUGCAAGGCAAGGUAUAGGAAGGGGAACCGUACAUUUUAGUAUAGCACAUAUCUGACAAUUUACUUUUUCAUUUCUUGCUAAAAUACAAAUAAAAUGUGUCCAUCGUUCUUCGGCAAUACUGUGCCUAUCCCUGUUUGGCAUAAGCGGUUCUGGUAUGGCUUGCGUGUCCGUCGAUAAAGCUGUCAAACGAACUCAAUUUGAUACCGUACGUCUUGAGCUUGUCCAUGUCUGCAUAUAUAUCCAUGUUGCGCAUGUUGAUCUGAGCUUCAAGCACAGGCAUGGUGGGAAGCUUGCUUUCGAUCUCGUCGUCGCUCAUAAACGUCGCCGUGAGUUGUCUUCCACUGACACGGCUUAGAGUGCUCAGCAAGGCCUCCACCGUCAAGAACUCAUCUGAUAGAGGAAUCUCGUCUUUGUGGAAGCGCUGAGGGUCGAGGAGGGCCGCCGCAGCAAAGGCGCCAAUUGUAGCUGGGUCAAUCAUUGGGAUGCGCGUCUCCUUGGUGUAAACCGUGGACCAAACUCCUGUUUCCACAAGACCGGGGAAAAUAAACGGCAACGGCUUCAGAUGGUUGGACAUGAAGUUUCCAGGCCGGAGGAUGGUCCAAGUGUCAAAUCCAGCGCUGCGGACUUCCUUCUCAAUAGCUUGCUUGCUGCGCAUCAGGCUGCCCACGAAAGAGUCUUCUCGGUAGCGGAAUAGUUUAGUUGGGUCAUUAGCCGCCAUGGCGCUUGAAUAAACGAUGUGUUUGAUACCAGCAGCUUUGAAGGCUACUAGAAGGCUCUUUGCCUCGUUGAUUUCGUGAUCAGCAUCGUUGACACCGCGGCUGAGGUUGAGAAAGGCUGAUGUUGCGCCUUGUAAGGCAGUUG